GACGUCAGUCAGUAGAGUGUUGUUUAUACACUCCACUUGACAAGUUACAUUUGCGCGCGUCAAACUAUUGGAAGUUUGUGUUUGGAGUUUGUUGGGCGUGUUUUUUAAAGUGGAUUUGUUGUUACUUCUUAAGUAAAAAUCACGUCGACCCUCGUGAAAAAGCGUUAUUCGGGAGAAUUGACGGCGAAUUCCAGCGUCAUGGCUUCGAAAAAACAUGAUACAAAUAAUAUGGAAGUAUCGUGGAUAGUACGUAUGGGAUUUGUGGUAUUAAUGUUUGUAGCCGAAGUUUUACUAUGUGGAGCAUUAGGUCUAUGCAUUUAUUGGGUUCUUGGACAUCGAGAUGGUAUUGCGUGGGAAAAAAAUAAAACAAAACAAUUUAAUCUACACUACAUUCUUAUGAUUGGUGGAACUAUUUUUCUCAAUGGACAAGCAAUAUUGGUUUACAAACUCUUUCCAUGCUGUAAAAAGAUAUAUGGCAAAGUUGUGCAUACUAUCAUUUUUGUGAUGUCUGUUUCAAGUAUAACUGUUGGACUGGUUUCUGCUAUUCAAGCACGAAAUAAUGAUAUCAAUCCAAAACAUUUUUAUAGCAUUCACUCAUGGAUUGGAUUGACAACUAUUGGACUAUUUGCUUUACAGUUACUCUUUGGAUUUUUCACAUUUCUUGUUUUCCUUUGUUGUGAAACUGCUACUGCUAAAUUCCGACAACGUUUGCUACCGACCCAUAUUACUUUUGGAUUAAUAGUAUUUAGUUUAGCUAUUGCUUCUUGUGUCACUGGACUUACAGAGACCACAGGACGUAUACUGUAAGAAUUUUUAUUUUUAU